AAUUGUUGAAUGUAACAUAGGACAGUUAUGCUUAUACUGGAACUACACCAUACUAACCAAAAUAACGGUCCUGUUGUUACUUCAUUAAACAGAGCUUAUAUCCUUUCAAAGGUUCAAAUACAAAUGAUAUUUUUAAAUUAGGUUCAAUUUAAAUCUAAUAAGAGAUACUUCAAGCAUAUCCAUAAUGGAUCAUCAGGCCAUCGGUCCAUUCGAGAUGCACAAAAUCUGUCGACUGUGUUUGCAGCAGCUUCAAGCCGGUUCCCUGGUCAAUCUGUUUGCCGUCAAUUUUUCCAUUCGUCCCUCGGAGAUGAUUGUUCGGUGCGCUUCGGUUGAAAUCUACGAAAAGGACGGCCUCCCGGAUGCGAUAUGUAACGAUUGCUUCUACAAGCUGGGUAUGGCGUUCGAGUUUCGGAAUCGGUGCGAAACUUCGGAUCGAAAGCUGAGGAACUAUGUGAGGGACCAGCAGGGCCAAGGACCGGCUUCAAGUGUGACUGAGGUAGCUAAAGACGAUGAAAUUUAUGCAGCCAUGAACGAGAUUUUUGGCGAUGAGGGUGAAGAAAUUGAAGACAAAAGCGGAGAAGUGUUUCCUGACUGUAAAUCCGAGAGGGUUCCUGAUGAUGGAAAGACUCAAAGAAAUGUUAAAAAAGUGGAACCAAUGAAAAAGCGAUCUCAGCUGGAUGAGCUGCUGGUCAAGCAUAGGGCGAAGCUUAAGGAAGAAGGUAGACAAGUAAAUAUCUUUCGACAGAAAAGAAGUUCUAAAAAACUUGAACAAAGAGAUUCUAAACGAGGGAACAUGCUGAAGGAACCGGAGAAGUGUCCAACAUGUGGGAAAACAUUCAACUACAGUGGAUAUCUACAAGCACAUCAGAGGAUUCACAGUGGAGAGAAACCAUUUGGAUGCCAGAUUUGUCAUCGCCGGUUUGCUCAAUCCGGAAAUCUACAGCUGCACCUUCGGAUACACAGUAAUGAGCGAAAAUUUCAAUGUGAAAUAUGUAGCAAACUUUUCAGGACUUCCAGUAACCUACACGCCCAUAGGAAGACACACUCGGAGGAAAGAAACUUUCCCUGCACACUUUGUGAACGAGCAUUCCGAACGGCCCAAGAGCUUAAAAAUCACUCGGAAACACAUAACGUUGUUAAAAAUUACGUUUGCCAGCUUUGCGAUGACCAUAAGGCAUUUCAAAAGCAGUCAUAUCUAAACAGUCACAUCAAAACCGUUCACAUAGGAGUUAAGCGGCAUAGUUGUCAGGAUUGCGGUAAGAUUUUCUCGAAUAGUUCGAACCUGAUAGCCCAUCGUAGAGUUCACAGCGGUGACAGGCCUUACAAUUGUAAAGAGUGCGAUGCAAAAUUCACCCAAUCCCCAGCUCUUCUGAGACAUAUCAAAGCAAAGCAUCGACCGAAACCUGUGGAACCUGUUAUACCAGAAAGCACGGACGAACUGUUAGAGCCUUCGGUUGACGUUGAUGAGAAUGCCUCUUUGGAUAGUGUAAGUAGCUCUGAACUAUCCGUAGCUACUUCAUUGAUUGAUAACCAUUCAGGUUACAAUAUGCCAUAUAUGCCGACCUACGUACCAUCACAUUCACAACAUGGAAUUGCCACAUCACACCAAAUUCCACCUAGUCAUCACCAUACGGUAGCGUCGUCCACCAUGCAGAUGCCAACUGUCACCCCUGGAAAUAUGUAUUCCUCAGACCCCUAUCAGUAUCCUUCGAACUCAGUCAUGCAACCACAUCACUACCCGCAGCAACAUUUGGACGUUGGUGGGAGCUAUGACAUGUGUUAUACUAUGCCCACUCAUACGGUAUUAAAUCCGAGCCUUAUGAAUCCACAACCAACGUACAUCUUCGAUCAAUGAAAAGCGAGGUUGGAUUGUGUCUACAUAAGUUAUAUUUUACGUUUAGAGUUUGUUGUUCAGGAUGCAGCAGCUUCUCCGCCAUCCGACUCGCCACCACCUCCACUGCUGGAUGCUAUUGUGGCCGCUUCCUGACCUGCGGGAAUUAUGACUGUAGUCACCACUGUAAAAUAUAAUAAAAUCAAAACAUUUUUCUGA